AUGUCUCGCUUUCCAGCCAUCCCCCCGCAAGAACGCACCGCGGCUCACGAUGUAAUCGAAAAUGGAGUUGCAGAGGUAUUCUCUAAGGUGCCGUCCCACAUUGAAUGGAAAGGGUCCUCCGGAACGAUCCUGGGUCCGUACUCGCCUCUCUUAUACACGCCCGAAAUAGCAGAGCCGUGGUUCAACCUAGCGUUGACCGUGACUCGACAGCAGCGGCUCACGCUGCGUGAGAAAGAACUGGCCAUACUGGCAGUCCUGGCAGAAUAUGACGCACCAUACGUGUUGUACGCGCACUCCCAAGUGGCUACUGCGGUGGGGCUGUCCCAGGAGCAGGUGCAGCAAGCCGUCGAUGGCGAAGUACCGAAUGGUCUUAGCGAGUCCGAGGCAGAGGUGUAUAGCUUUGCGUUGAAGCUGGCCCAGUUGCGAGGCCCAAUGGACAGUGCAGUUUUUGACAGCGCAAAGAGUGCACUCAGUCGUGAUCGAAUGGUUGGUUUGGCCCACAUUGUUAGCGGGUUUAUUUAUGUUUCCAUGUUGUGUAAUAUCUCGAACGGCGAAGUUCCUGUCGCUGCUGAGGGUGCGUUUGUUGCGAAGUCAAGACAUUGGCAGUAG